AUGGCUCCCGAAGACACAAGCCAGCUCUAUCCCCUCUACAACACGACUUUCUCCCUCCACCGAGUUUCUCCCCUCCACACGGGCAGCAAGGACGCUCUCAGCAACUCAACGCUGCGCAAACUUGCAAGACAGUUCCGCGAUAUACUAGCUGGAGAAGUCCUGCGCGGCGUACGAAUAGGCUUAGGACAGGACGCCGAUGCACUGGCACGCGUCGGAGCUCUAGAGACUGUGACAUGGCGACUCCUGCCCGAGGAAGAGACAUGGAGCGCGGAGGACGAGACACAAUUGGCGAACGACGAUACGACUGUGAGCUUGGCUGUCUGCAGAGGGAUGAUUGUUACAGUCACGUACGAGAAAAUGGCAUACAAGGCAAUUCUGCUACGAGACGAGAGGGGCGAUUACCCGGAUGCUUCGAUGGUAACCGUCCGCGAGGAGACAAAUGGUUUCCAGCACUUCCCGCUGCUGCUGUCCCGGAUGCCAGGGUCGUUGCGGGAAGCAUUCGCCAACUUCCUGAUGGAGACAUUCGAUACACGAGUUUCGGCAUUGCAUUUCUCAACUACGUACCUUACUGAUGCGUUCGAGAGAUACGUUGCAGAUAUAUCCAUUGGCGGUGAUGGUGAGCCACUGGACAUGAUUGAGAAGAGCCGAGCUCUGAGAAAUACAAUCAAGGAGACGCUAGUGGUGGUUGGAUUUGAUGUUCCUGGCGCAACUGGGUGUCUGAAAACGAUUGAUAUCAAUAUCGCAAGAGAGGAUCUUCCUCGCAUGAUCGCAAGAGGGAAGAAGCUUGGACGGCAAGAGAACAGCGAAUCUCCGUUCUUUGAUGCAUUGGCAACGUACAUCAAAGGACACUUAGCAUUGGACUUGCGGAAUGAGAAAGUCAAGAUUCUAAGAGUCGCUUGUGGUGCUUUUGUUCUUGGUGCUGAGGGCAAAGUCAAGUUGACAUAUUUGACGGGAAGUGGUGAUGCAGAGUCGUCUCGAGGUGCAGCUACUCGCCGACUUGUGAAUGGAUUCAUUGGACAGGCAGCAGGGGGAUCGCUGUCAGCUGGUUGA